CGCCGCUUCCGCUUCCGCAGUGCUGAGGACGCGGGACGCGGCUGCCGGCGUCAUGGUGUUCCUCGGAGCGCCGCUCCGGCUGCGGAACCGCCUGGCCGGCCGCUGCUGGCGGAUCCAGGAGGUGCUGAAGCACGCGCGGCACUUCCGGGGCAGGAGGAACCGCUGCUACACGCUGGCCGUCCGAGCCGUGAUCAGGGCCUUCGUGAAAGGCACCGCGGCCCGGAGGCAGAAGAAGAGGGACAUGAGGACGAUCAGGACAGAGGUGGCCCUGCCUCCUAGGACCCCGUCAGUCUCACUGUGCACGUACUGUGAGCAGCGUCCGCUCUGGAUUAAUCGAAUUACAGCUGCCUCCCAGGAACACGGCCUGAAGUACCCAGCAUUCAUUGCCAACUUAGUUAAGUGCCAGGUGGAGCUGAACAGGAAGGUACUUGCAGAUCUAGCCAUCUAUGAACCAAAGACUUUUAAAUCUUUGGCUGCUUUGGCAAAGAGGAGGCGAGAGGAAGGAUUUGCUGCUGCCUUGGGAGAUGGAAAGGAGCCCGAAGGCAUAUUUUCCAGAGUGGUGCAGUAUCACUGAGGCUGAAGCUGUGUGGACCAGGAAAAGGCUUUUUCCCCCGAUGAUCAUAGUAACUAAGAUACGAGCAAAAUGUUUAGUCACAAGUUUGUAAGUUUGAUUUGUAAUUGUGUUUAUUCACAUUUCAGUAAGAGGCAUGAGAGAAAAGGCCCUUCUCUCAGUGGGACAAAUCCACAGAACUGUCUCAUAAAGAUCAUACAAAUAAAGCCCAUGUGGUGUUCA